GAAGAUGUGACAUGAAUCACACUGCUGAAAGUUUGGAUUCUGUCACCCCAUGGUCUGCUGGGGAAAGAGCUGGACUUGUCCUCUGCCAAAGCCCAUUUAUGCAGCUUAAUUAUCCAUAGCCAGUAGCACCACUGCUUUAGAGGAAAAUGUAUCGUACAAGAAGGAAGCGACUGCAACUGAGCCGGGUCUUGUUUCUCCUCUCUGGGGUUUUCCUGUGUACGCUGUACCAUCUGACGAUCAGUGCCAGAAUAAACGAGCCUUCGCCAAUGCCUCAGAUUGGAGAGGAUUUUGGAGAAGGUUCAACAGAAGUGGUUGAGGAGACUACAGUAGAGACUCAGGGGCUGGAGGAACCUCUCACUGCAACACAUGAAUUAGAGCCAACAGAUCAAACAACAGCAGAGAUGCAUGUGGUACAUCAUACAGACUCAACUUCAGUUUUUUUAACAUCCACCUCCACUGAAUCACCACCAUCGCCAACCACAAACAGGACUAUUGUGCACUGCAUCUAUGUGGCCCCUGAGCCUCCACAGCAGACACCCACACCAGCUCCAGCUCCGGCUCCUCCCGUAACCACCAUCACUCCAGCUUCUCCUGGUGAAGCUCCAUAUAUUAAGGGUGAAUACCCUGAAGAUAUCUUUUCUAUUGAAGACCGCAGACAAGGCUGGGUGAUCCUCCACAUUUUUGGGAUGAUGUACAUGUUUAUUUCACUUGCAAUUGUGUGUGAUGAGUUCUUUGUUCCUGCACUGGGGGUAAUCACAGACAAGUUAGCAAUCUCUGACGAUGUGGCAGGAGCCACCUUCAUGGCUGCUGGAGGUUCUGCUCCUGAACUUUUCACCUCUUUGAUAGGAGUCUUCAUCGCCCACAGCAAUGUGGGUAUUGGCACAAUUGUUGGUUCAGCUGUUUUCAACAUUUUGUUUGUGGUUGGAAUGUGUGCUCUUUUUUCACGGGAGGUACUUCAUCUAACCUGGUGGCCACUUUUCAGAGAUGUAUCCUUCUACAUACUUGACCUCAUCUUACUCAUCAUCUUCUUCUUGGAUAAUGUCAUAAUGUGGUGGGAGAGCAUGAUGCUGGUGACCAGUUACGCUCUCUAUGUGAUUUUCAUGAAUUUCAAUGUGCAAAUAGAGCGGGCCUUCAAGACCCAACUCUACAAAAACAAGAACAUUGUCAGAGUUAUAGCUGUUGAGGAACCUGAAAAGGACAAGAAUCAUUUAAAGGUGAAGCCAUCCCUUCAGCGAGGAGGAAGUUCAGCUUCUUUACACAACAGCACCAUGAGAAACACCAUCUUCCAGCUUAUGAUCCACACAUUAGACCCUCUGGGAGAGGGGAAAUUUAAGGAUAAGGCUGAGACUCUGAAUAAUGUGGCUAAACGGAACGGAGAAAGCAAAACUCAAGACAAAAGUGAAGAUGGUGGGGUGAAAACUGAGCAGACCAAAGAGCCAGAAGCUGCCCCGGCCGCAGAAACAGAGAAGGAGGAGCAGCUAGAGGACAAGAAGGAAGAUGUGCCAGCAGCACAGGAUGGGUCAGGAGGGUCAGGUGGCUCUGACAACGAUGAAGAUGACAGCGAUGAAGACAGCGAUGAGUCCAGUGAAGAUGAAGAUGAUGACGAGGAGGAUGAAGAUGAGGAGGAAGAGGAGGAGGAUGAGGAAGACGCGGAGAAGGAAGAACCUCUGUCUUUAGAGUGGCCUGACACACCACGUAAACAAGUCACCUUCCUCUUCCUGCUGCCCAUAAUCCUUCCUCUGUGGCUCACAGUUCCAGAUGUCCGCAACCAGAAAUCCAGAAAAUUCUUUGCGGGCACCUUCCUGGGCUCUAUUGUGUGGAUUGCUGUCUUCUCCUACCUCAUGGUGUGGUGGGCCCAUCAGGUGGGUGAGACCAUUGGCAUCUCAGAGGAGAUUAUGGGCCUGACUAUCCUGGCUGCAGGGACAUCCAUCCCCGACCUCAUUACCAGUGUGAUUGUGGCGCGUAAAGGCCUGGGGGAUAUGGCUGUGUCCAGCUCUGUGGGCAGUAACAUCUUCGACAUCACUGUGGGUCUGCCAAUCCCAUGGCUCCUGUACUCAUCAUUCCACGGUUUGGCUCCAGUGGCCGUCAGCAGUAACGGGCUCUUCUGUGCCAUCGUGCUGCUCUUUAUCAUGCUUCUCUUUGUUAUCAUCUCCAUUGCAUCCUGUAAGUGGAAGAUGAAUAAGGCACUGGGUUUCACCAUGUUUCUGCUCUACUUUAUCUUCCUGGUGCUUAGCGUGAUGCUGGAGGAUCGCAUCAUUGUCUGCCCUGUUUCCAUCUAAACGUGUGAGCAAAGCCUUCCCUACAGCAGGCUUUCUCUUUUCUUGUGAGCUGAAGCAGAACUGUCAACCCAUACACGUGCGGAUCUCAUAAGCAUGGGUCUGGAUAUCUGUAGAAACUGUGCAGAAAGCUACUGUAGUUGCUCUACAUUGGUGUCAGUGACAUGUGCACGGUAUGUCAGCAGCAGUGCACAUAUUAACAUUUUAGUAACGAUGGCAGGAGAUGCGGAACUACUGUCCAAUAUAAUGUAUGGCUGUGCAGUAAAAGAAUGAACACAGAUAGUAACAUUUUACUGUUUACAAAACAAAAAUGCAAAAAUAAAUCUAGAAUAUGUGCACAUUUUGGAAAAUUGAUGCGGUUUCUAAAUGUGAAUUUUGUACACUAUGUACAGUAAGUACACACUUGCACCAAGUGUGUACAUUAUAGAGAAC